AGAGAGAGAGACUAGACUACUCUGCGACCGAGUAUCUUCUUCUUCAGAUAUAUAUAUAUAGAGAGAGAGAGAGAAGAGACUAUAGUCGCGAUUCUGAUCGAGUAGAUCGGUGAAUACUUUUGGCGGUUCGAUUAGUUACCGCGAUGGCGACGUCUUCUAGCUCGGAGCGAGUCCCGAGAACACCGGCUACUACCAGAUUAGCGAUUACGCCUGGGUCUAGGGUUUUGAAAAGCCCUAUCAGCGAAGAAAUCAUGUGGAAACGUCUCAAGGAAGCUGGAUUCGAUGAACAGUCGAUUAAAAAGAGGGACAAAGCCGCCUUAAUCGCUUACAUCGCCAAGCUCGAAUCCGAGGUGUAUGAUUACCAACACAACAUGGGUCUUCUAAUCAUGGAGAAAGACGAUUUGCUGUCCAAGUAUGAGGAGGUUAAGUCCUCUGUUGAUGAAGCCGACCUUGCACAUCGGCGCGAUCUGUCUGCGUAUGUCUCCGCCUUGGCUGAAGCCAAGAAACGAGAAGAGAGUUUGAAGAAAGAUGUCGGGGUUGCUAAAGAGUGUAUCUCUAGUCUGGAGAAGACUGUGCAUGAGAUUCGUGCAGAGUGUGCCGAGACGAAAGUUUCUGCGGAGAGUAAACUGUCUGAAGGUCACAGUAUGAUUGAGGAUGCUCUCAAGAAAUUUGCAGAUGCUGAAGCAAAAAUGCGCGCAGCUGAGGCUCUACAGGCUGAAGCUAACCGGUAUCACCGGAUUGCGGAGAGAAAAUUGAAGGAAGUUGAGAGCCGUGAAGAUGAUCUUGCUCGCCGUCUUGCAUCUUUCAAGUCUGAGUCUGAAACAAGAGAGAGCGAGAUCGUUAUUGAGCGACAGACUCUAAGUGAGAGGCGAAAGAGCUUGCAGCAAGAGCAUGAAAGGUUAUUGGAUGCACAAGCUUCCCUAAACCAGCGAGAAGAUCACAUUUUUGGUAAAUCCCAAGAACUAGCUGAACUUCAGAAGGGGUUAGAGUCUGCAAAGAGUACAUUUGAGGAGGAACGUAGAGCCUUUGAGGACAGAAAAUCCAAUUUGGAGAUCGAGCUGGCUUCGCUUGCUAAAAGAGAAGAGGCUGUCUCUGAUAGGGAAUCUUCACUACUUAAGAAAGAGCAAGAGCUGCUUGUUGCUGAAGAAAAAAUUGCCACCAAAGAAUCUGAGCUGAUUCAGAAGGUCUUAGCAAAUCAAGAGGUUAUCCUGAGGAAAAGAAAAUCCGAUGUGGAAGCUGAGUUGGAAAGCAGGUACAAAGCGGUGGAAGAUGAAAUCGAGAGCAAGAGACGGGCUUGGGAACUAAGAGAGGUUGAUAUCAGGCAGAGGGAAGACCUUGUUGGUGAAAAGGAACAUGACUUGGAAGUUCAGUCAAGGGCAUUGGCAGAGAAAGAAAAGGACAUAACGGAGAGGUCUUAUAAUCUUAACGAGAAAGAGAAGCAUUUGAAUGCUUUAGAGGAAGAUAUCAACCGUAAGACAGCUCUGCUGGAGGAUGAGAAGGACCGGCUUAGAAAAUUAGACUUAGAUCUACAGCAGUCUUUGAUAUCACUAGAAGACAAGAGAAAACGCGUUGACUCCGCAACAGAAAAGCUUGAAGCAUUGAAGAGCGAGACAAGUGAAUUAUCCAUUCUGGAAUUGAACCUCAAGGAGGAGUUAGAUGAUUUGAGAGGUCAAAAGCAUGAACUGCUGGUCGAAGCAGAUAGAUUGAAGGUGGAGAAAGCUAAGUUCGAAGCUGAGUGGGAACACAUUGAUGUGAAAAGGGAAGAGUUGAGAAAAGAAGUUGAGUACAUAACUCGUCAAAGGGAGGCUUUCUCAAUGUAUCUCAAGGACGAGCGUGAUAACAUCAGGGAGGAAAGGGAUGCGUUGAGGAAUCAGCACAAAAACGAUGUGGAGGCGCUUAACCGAGAGCGUGAAGAGUUCAUGAAUAAAAUGGUGGAGGAGCAUUCAGAGUGGCUUAUUAAGAUACAGCGCGAACGUGCUGACUUCUUGUUGGGUAUUGAGUCGCAGAAACGAGAGCUGGAGUAUUGCAUUGAGAACAAACGAGAAGAGUUGGAGAAUGCUUCGAGGGAGAGAGAAAAGGCUUUUGAGCAAGAGAAAAAGUUGGAAGAGGAACGUAUACAGUCCCUCAAGGAAUCAGCGAAGAAAGAGUUAGAACAAGUCCAAGUGGAACUAAAGAGGUUGGAUGUCGAGAGGCUGGAGAUCAAACUGGACCGUGAGAGGAGGGAGAGAGAGUGGGCUGAGCUGAAGGAUUCGGUUGAAGAGCUAAAGGCUCAAAGAGAAAAACUAGAGAAGCAAAGGCAUAUGCUUCGAUCUGAAAGAGAAGAGAUCCGACAUGAGAUUGAAGAACUGAAGAAGUUGGAGAAUCUGAAAGUUGCGUUAGAUGAUAUGUCCAUGGCUAAAAUGCAGCUCUCCAAUUUGGAGCGUAGCUGGGAAAAGGUUUCUGCUCUGAAGCAGAAGGUGGAGUUGCAAAAUGGAGUCAGCACUGUGAGUAAUAGCGAAGAUGGCUAUAACAACUCUUCUAUGGAAAGACAAAACAAUGGCGCAAGCCCUUCAUCCGCAGCUCCACUUUCAUGGAUUAAACGAUACACUAAUCGGAUAUUCAAGACUUCUCCAGAGUCUCCAGAGAAAUCACCUCCAAUGCAUCAUCAUGAAGAAGAGAGAGGAUUGCCAUCAGAAAAGAUGAAGGUAGAUUCAUCGAAGGCUUACACCGAGGGGAUGUCCAUUGCAGUUGAAAGACUUGAAGCCGGAAGGAAAAGAAGAGGUAACGCAUCUGGAAAUGACUCUACUGGGCCAAGCAGUAACAAAAAGAGGAAACAUGAUGUUACCCAAAAAUCUCCGGAAGCUGAUCCCGAGAGUGUAAUCUCAAGCCCUCGAAAUGUUCCUGAGGACAAACAUGAACUGCCACCAAGCCAAACCGAGACACCAAGUGGUAUGGUAGUCAUUAGUGAAACCGUGAAGAUCACAAAAGUAACGUCUGAGACAGAGGUAAUCAACAAAGUGACAAACAUUGAUUGCUCAGAAAAUCCUUCUGACGCAGGAGCAAAGAUGGUAGAGGAGAGGAAACAAGACAGUGAUUGCAAUCAGACCAACGUGCCAGAAACAGUGACUCAGAAGGAAGUUGAGUCUGAUAACAGAGAGGAGAAGGAUUCUGAGGAUGGUGGCAUUGUAACAUGAGUCAGGUUGAGGAAUAAUUGAUAACAGUUUUAGGAAGAAGAAAGCUGCGACAGGAGAUAUAUGCAUAUAAGGAACUCUCAUGGAUCCUUUUGGGUUUGUUUUUAGAUAAAGAUUUGAGUAUGUAAAUGGAUUUGAUUGGUUUUUAAAACUCUGAGAUUCCAAGUGAGUAGAGUGUUGUGGUAUGCUAAGUAGGUAGGAAGAAGAGAGUAUGAUUUGUUGGUUUCUCGUGUGCUGCAUCGUGUGUCUGAGAACAUCAUUUGUUGGUUUGAAGACGAUUGAAUUCAGUUUAGGGGUUUUAUUUGUC